AUGUCCGACCUUCUACCCAUCGAGCUGUGGAUCGAGGUUCUUUCACAUUUGCCUCGAGGAUUUAGAAGGAAGAUGAUUGGGGUUAGCCGUGCACUUUUCGAACUAGCUAUGGACGACAUCUAUGAAGAAAUUAUCCUGUGCGCCGAUGAUGAUAAAGCGCGGUUUGCAAUUUUUCAGCUCCAAUACCCCAAUAUUUCUAGACGAGUUCGACGAUUGGUAAUAUUUGUCCGACCCGACAACCCACGAAAAAAGGCUCUUCCGAUUCCUCAACCUUGCAUCGGCUCAGAUAGCGAUUCACAUCGUACACCCUUUCCUAAACACACUGGUUCUAAUGAAGGAAAGGAUUCCUAUGCUCGACUAUUGUCGAUCGCUCGGUAUAAUCUGCAGUCAUGCUUCAACCUUCAGGACCUCAAGAUGGAUUUCAGCGGUUCCUUGUUAGAGCCAUUGAAACCCUAUUUCAAGCCAUUCCUCAGAUCUCUUUGGCACCGCGAAUCCAUUGGACCGAGGAUCCGACGACUAUCUAUGCAGGCUUCGGACUUACCGAUAUCUACUGUCUUCGAAAUGUUCUCGGUACAUGGCUUAUCGCCCCCUCCUGUGAUCAACAUCGAGGAACUCGACCUGAGCUUCCGCCAUAUACUAUACCUCAGUAAUGAAAGUCGUAACUACCACCAUAUCGCAUCUUUCCUAUCUGCCCUGGAACGGUCACUGGUGUCCUUUACAGUGUCUGGAUACCUGAUCCCUCAUAUUAUCUCAGUGUUCACAGCAUCAGGGACUUUCGAACAACUAAAGAAACUGGAACUACAUUCAACAUUCAAUGUAGAGCGUGACAUAAAAGAGAUUGUACCACUCCAGCAGUUUAUCGCUAGGCAUUCUAAAACUCUAGAGCACCUCAUCAUCGAUCCUGCAACUCGGGAAGCCAAUUCUGAUCUCAGCAGUCGUUUAUUUCUACGGUGGCUUAGCGACGAUGGCGGCUUUCCUCUUCAACCUCUACCAAAGCUGCACACUCUGGAACUUGCUUACCAGUACCAUAUGGCUUACGGAUCCCAUCGUUCUUCAUCGUUGUUCCCCAAUCUACAGCAUAUUUGCCCAAAUUUGACUGCAUUAUCUAUCAAGAACAUAGAACUUAACUUCGAUAAUGUUAUGGACCUCUUUGUUUGCCUUCCUAGGCCUAAUGGAUUGUGUCAAAUGGAGUCUUUGACACUACAAAUAGACAUUCUGACCCCCAAAUUGUUGGAUCUUCUCGCCCAAAAUUUACCAAAGCUGGCUUCAUUGGAACUUUUCAUCGCUUCUGCUACCGAAAAUCUUGAAAAUGAAGCUCCAGAGCAGCACCUUCUUUGCCAAAGGAUUCGAGAGCGUAAAUAUCCGACAUUGGCAUUGAAGUUCCUGCGCAUUACAUCCUCAUCUUCAUCUUCGCCAUACUGUCAUUAUCCGCAUCCUAAUCUUCCCAUCAUGGAGGCUGUGAAACCAAGCCUUUCCGUCAUGUCUUCAUACCCAUACUCAGUUGCCCGUUCGUACGAUUCGGGCAGCUUUACGGAUGAGAACAACCCACUCAUCGCCUCUCUUCUCGCUACCGACGCAUUCGACGAGAUAUCCACGGCAGAAGACUUUGGAGCCGUCGAGCGUUAUAUCCGGAAUCAAGGCCGCGUCGACAGCGCCGGGCGGACGACGAUUGGACUCGUUUUUUGGGUGUACCCAACUGGCAUGCGCGGGCCCUAUCAUAUUGGGUCUUUAGAAGACCAUGGCGAUCAUCAGGAGGAGGGAUCGGGGCGAGUGUCGACGCAUGGCUUGCUCGUCACGGUUGAGCGGGGUGCUGCGCUGGGCGAUGCUGUUACGACGAUUAGGGUCGAGUGCAGGACGAGCGGGAUAUCGCACGUACACAUCAAGAAGGCCUGA